AUGAGUAGCUUGUCAGGGAAAUCAUUUGAGAGAUUGAUCUCUCCUAGACCUCCAAAGGUCCAGAAGGAAGAAAUCAACGUGUCCACCGGGGACCCAGGUGAAGAGUUGUCUACAGGAACAUUCCAUGAGGUUCACCGUACGGACAAGGAAUCGCCAAGCACUUUGACUGGAUUCUCAGUGAUCGCCAAGCCAAAAGGAAACCGAUCCCCCGCUGCCAGUGUAUCUUCUGCGCAUGGAGGGGCUACCAGAUUCAGCUCUCGAAUCCGAAAGAAGAUCUCAUCUCAGAAGGACACCUACACGUCGGUAGCCCGUCACCAACCAGACGAGAACAAUACAAUUGAGCCAGACGACGAGGAACCCCUGGAUUUGGAUGACAACGAAGCAAUCACGGAUAUUGAAAUGGCAGAGUGUUGGAAUUGCUCUCUUGGAGACCAUUCAUUAGAAACUCCUUGA